AGAAGAGGCAGCAGAAGAAGAAGAAGAAGAAGAAGAAGAGGAGGAGGAAGAAGAGGAAGAACCGGACCAUGGCUGACAGUGGGGCGAAGCCCCUUCAAAACGCUAUGAAAAUGGCGAAAGUAGCGAUCCAGCUGGACGGAGAGACCGGACACCAGCAGGAAGCUUACUGUGAAUACCUCCGGACGAUCAACUACAUAUCACGUGCACUUUUGGAGGAAGCUGAGGCCCAAACUUCAGAGGAGGGGGACGCGGUGGAGGUGGAGCGGAUGUUGAGGCUGGCUGAGCAGUGUCUGGAGCGAGCAAAGUCCUUUAUAGGGAAGAGAGCUGACCCCCCUAACCUCUCUGCAUCCGUCUCCGCUUCCUUUUCCUGUUCACCUGGCCAAUCAGAGCCCCUUCAGGAUGCACGCCUCCCAGCCACCCCUGCUGACACAGUCCCUCCGUCUGAUAGUCCCGUUGACGCAGGGCGGAGAGCAACCAGCCCAGCAAAGACCAGUCAGCGCCGGGUGACUGCAGACGGCAGCGGAGAGCCCCCCCCUUUCCUGCCCCCUGAAGUCUUCCAGAGAAUACAAACUGUGGAGUCACAAGACACCAGCAAAAAGGAGAUGACACCCAUAGAAGAAGCAUCACGUUUAAACCAGAAGUUGAAAGCCAAUUAUGAAGCUCGUCUGGCGAGGCUCCCACCUGGUCAGGCCUACCAGAAGACAUCGUUGACGCUCUGUCUCCAGCGGCAGAUGAUGGAGAACCUCAUUAUUGCCAAAGCCAGGCAGGAUGCUCUCCAGAGGAAGAUGGAGGAGAGAAGACUAAGGCUACAAGAGGAGGCCAACAGGAGAUUUGCAGCAUCUGGAGCCAUGACUGCAGAGGAGCAAGAGAAGCGUGCUCUUUAUACAAAUGUUCUGGAAUAUGAGCAAGACCAUGAUUGGCCCAAACUGUGGAAAGCUAACAUACGGAGGAAUCCUGAUGAUGAAGCCUUAGUGUCAGGUCUAGUCUCCUACCUGCUCAGCCGGUCUGACCACCCGGUGGUGAAGCUGCUGAGGAAACACCAGUACCGGGUUUACAACCGGCUCUACCCUAUCGUCAGUAAACGCCUCCCCCAGAGUCCUGCCCUGCCACUGAGGUCUUCCUGCAGCGCUCACACCCUGCUUCAUCCAGAUAGCGAGACAAAGCCAACCAGGUGCAGUAGCGUUGGUGGCCAGAGCUUCAGCACCAGCUCGUCGCUCUCCCCCUCGCUCUCUCACAACCUCCACGCCAACUUUGAUAAUGAGGAAGGGGAGGAGCCUCAUGCACAGGUGACAGUGGAUCGGGAGAACUCGUUUGAAGACCUGGAGCAGUUCCUGACCCAGUUGGACUGGGCCCCGCUCUACGGCAGCACAGAUGACACUGGCUCGGAUUCAGAGCUGACCUGUGAUCCCUCGACGCAGUCGGAGCAGGAUGAGGCAAUCGUCCAGGAGCUGGAGAUGAGAGCACUGACAGAACACUUGAAGGCCGUUGUUAAAGACAUUCAUAUUGCUAUCGACCAGCUUCUGUCACUGUGUAUGUUAUCCUUUGACUGCCUAAACACAGCCAGCUCUAAAGACCUGUGCCUUGUCAGCUUAGAGGAAGCCUUCUUUACGCCGCUUUGGAGCGCCCUGUUGGCUCUUUUCAGGAGGGUCCACAGGGAAAGGGAGCAGGCCUUUGAGAAAAGUAUGAAGCUGUACCGGGAUAUUUCACCAGGAGAUGUUGGUGUUCCAUUGAAACUGUUCCCCAAAGACCCUGGCACACUGCAGGGUUCCUACCCCUACGAGUCUGCUGUUCAGGAACUUAAGCUUCUCGUCAAAGACUGCUGUCCACAGAAGAAGUUAGAAUGUAUUGUUAGAACAUUACGUGUGAUCUGUGCCUGCGCUGAGGAUUACAGGUGUCUUCAUGAGGUGGACUCCACACCAAAAACAGCCGCCAUUGGUGCAGAUGACCUGUUGCCCAUCCUGUCUUUCGUGGCUCUGCGGUGCCAGUGUCCUCAGCUGGUGUCUGAAUGUGCUGCUUUGGAGGAGUUUAUUCAUGAAGGCUAUUUGAUAGGAGAGGAAGGCUACUGUCUGACCUCCAUGCAGAGUGCCUUGGCCUAUGUUGAGUCAUUGUACACAGAAGAAACUCCGCUUCCUGCAGAAAGCCCCGUUUGAAAAAGGCUGUUCUGAAGGUUCAUCCUACGUUUCCUGCUCCAAAAGAGACUGCAGCGGAACCUGCAACUCCCUGCAAGUUGUGCAGGCGCAUGGUAUCUUGUACACACAAACACACUGACAUAUUGUAUAUUUAAGAAGGUUUUCCUAUUCACACCAAGGACUAACGUGUGCCUACGAGUUGGGUCCAACCAAAUCAGAAGCAG